AUGCAAGUUCAGAUUGGCGUUGUUCUUGAUGACCUUAAUUCAGUGAGAGGCAAGACUUUGCUGAGCUGUAUCAAAAUGGCUGUUUCAGACUUCUAUGUUCAUCAUCCUUUCUACAAGACUAGGCUGGUCUUGAACACUAGGGACUCGAAGAAGAAUGUUGUCGCUGCAGCUGCCUCAGCGUUCGAGCUGAUAAAGAACGAAGAAGUGCGAGCCAUAAUUGGGCCAGUGACAUCAAUGGAGACAAGCUUUGUUAUCAAUCUUGGAGACCAAACUCAUGUGCCAAUCAUAUCAUUUUCUGCAACAAGUCCUUCUCUUACUUCGCUCCGCAGCUCCUAUUUUUUCCAAUUUGCUCAGAAUGACACAUCCCAAGUGAAAGCUAUAAGUGCGGUUAUCAAAAGCUUCGGGUGGAGACUAGUUGUGCUCAUGUACAUAGACACUUUUUAUGGGGAGGCAGUCACACCGUUUUUAACCGAUGCCCUUCAAGAAGUGGGUGGUGCUGUCUCCUACCGGAGUGUCAUUUCCCCCUCUGCAACCGAAGAUCAAAUUGCGAAAGAGCUUUACAAGUUGAUGACCAUGCAAACUAGAGUCUUCAUUGUCCAUAUGACAACCGAUCUAUGCUCCAAGGUAUUUGCCAAGGCAGAAGAGAUUGGAAUGAUGGCUGAAGGCUAUGUUUGGUUAACCACCAAUGGGAUCACUAAUCGUUUAGCUUCAAUGAAUACUUCAGUCAUCAAUUCCAUGAAUGGAGUUAUAGGUGUACAGACUUAUGUCCAGAAAACAAGAAAGCUGGAAGAGUUCAAGCUCAGGUGGAAAAGGCAGUUCCAAAACGACUAUCCAGACAUCCUUGGUGCUGAAUUGGAUGUUUACGGAUUGUGGGCUUAUGAUGCUACAUUUGCCAUAGCAAUGGCAGUUGAACAAGUGAUGGGAACUCCUACAAGUAGUUUUGGUUUCCAAAAGCCAAAUGCCUCAAACGAGUCCACAGAUAUUCUUGGGAGGUUUCCCAUUUCUCCAUAUGGUCCAAAACUUUGCAAAGCACUAUCAGCUACUAGAUUCCUAGGCAUUGCAGGAGAAGUCAUGCUCAUUGAUGGGCAGCUUCAAUCAUCCAAUUUUCGGAUAAUUAAUGUCAACGGCCAUGGAGCAAGAACAAUAGGAUUUUGGAAACCGAAACAUGGACUUGUGAGCAAAAUGAGUUCCCCAAAUACCACACGCCAUCUUGGACCGGUUAUAUGGCCAGGAGAGUCUCUCUCUGUUCCCAAAGGGUGGGAGAUCCCAACAAAGGGGAAAAAGUUGAGAAUAGGAGUUCCUGUUAGGGAUGGGUUUACUGAGCUAGUCAAGGUAACUACAGAUCCGACCACCAACACUACUGAUGUUACCGGAUUCAGUAUUGAAGUGUUCAAGGCCGUAGUUGACAUGUUACCAUAUGCUCUUCGUUACGAGUUCAUUCCCUUUGCAAAGCCUGAUGGCACCAGCGCUGGCACUUACAAUGACUUGUGCUAUCAAGUAUAUCUUGGGAAUUUUGAUGCCGUGGUCGGAGAUACAACAAUUCGAGCAAACAGGUCACUGUAUGUGGACUUUACAAUGCCUUAUGCAGAAGCCGGUGUCGUAAUGGUUGUGCCGGUCAUAGACACAAACAAAAGAAGUGCAUGGGCUUUCUUCAAGCCAUGGGGUUGGGACCUUUGGCUUGCAACUCUGAUUUCCUUGUUGUUGAUAGGUUUUGUGGUUUGGGUCGUUCAACAUCGAACUAAUGAAGAUUUCCAAGGCAUUACCGCACGUCAAGAAGUUGGCAAUGUUAUAUGGUUCGCCUUCUCAACCAUGGUUUUUGCUCAACGAGAGAGAGUGGAUACCAACUUGGCUAGAUUUGUUAUGAUAAUAUGGCUAUUUGUCGUGCUAGUACUGACAAUUAAUUACCAAGCAAGUCUAACCUCAAUAUAUACGGUUGAAAAACUCGAGCCAACUGUGACCGAUAUCAAGGAUCUAUUGAGGAAGGGGGAAACGAUCGGCUACAUACCAGCUGCUUAUACUUACGAGAUGUUGAAGCAAAUAGGUUUUACAGAUUCCAAGCUCAUGGCUUUGGGAACUAUUGAAGCAAUUGAUGAUGCUCUUUCGAAAGGGAGUGCAAACAAUGGCAUUGCUGCUUUUGUUGAUGAAACUCCCUACAUGAAGCUUUUCCUUGCAAAAUACUGCAACAAAUAUACUAUGGUUGCGCCCAUAUUUAAAACCGAUGGUCAUGGCUUUGUAUUUCCAAAACGCUCUCCUCUUCUACCCGAUGUUUCGCAGGCAGUCCUAAAUGUCACCGGAGGAGAAAAGAUAAUGAACAUUGAAAACAGAUGGUUCAAGAAAAACAGCAAGUGUCAUGACUUGACCAACCCAAGAGUUUCUAGCAAUAGACUUGAUUUUGAAAGCUUCCGGGUCUUAUUCUUCACAACUUUGGUGGCUUCAGGAGUGGCUCUGAUCCUCUACAUAGUUCGGUUCAGUUACAAGUAUAGCGACGUUUGGAGAUCUGAAACAUCUACGCCUAGAAGGAUUCAAGCCAUGUUGAAAAAGUUUUAUGAAAUAGACCCUUCUAGAAGCAACCGGAUGCCGGAAAGUUCACGACUGCUCGGCCAGGAUUCGAACCGCACAGAUACGAAUUUUGUUUAUUCUUCUGAUUCUGAAGAUGAAAGAGCACCCCCAACUGAUCGAGCGUCUCCGGAAAUAGCUACUGCAUCUGCUGAGUCUCCUGGUGCAGUUCAAGAUCGAAAUGCAAACAACCACAACAGCUGAAACACCUCAAUAGUGUACAAAUUCAGUGAAAUGUAGCAUUGUAUACAUACAACAGUCUAGAUCGA